AUGACGAACGGUGAAACCGUACAACCUGUUAAAACCCACAACAAUGGAACUUAUGAAAGCAACAACAUCAACAUUAGCAACAACAACAUCAACAACAACAACAGUUUCAACAACAGUUUCAACAACAACAGUUUCAACAACACAAGCCAACGAAAACCAUCAUUAAAACCAUCAGAGUCAUUGUCGGUUCAAAAAACUCCGACUAAAUCACCGAUCACGACUAGUCAGUCUCUGUUUAGUAGCCAAGAGCCGCCAAAAUUUAUCGUCGGACUUACCGACCAUCACUAUUCGCUUGGAGGUUCGAUAACACUCCAGUGUAUGCUAUCCACCCAGCAUCCAGCCAUGAUAACCUGGACGAAAGAUUCGAAAAUAAUCUGGCCGGAAUGUCGAAGAAUCGAACAGGUAUUCGACGGUAAGAAGGCGGUAUUGAGAAUCGAUAAAGCGAAUAGUUUCGAUUUCGGUAGAUACGAGUGUAUUGCUAGAAGCAGUGCUGGAAAAACUACGUCAAGUUGCUCUGUUUUACUCGAUGAUAGACAGAAAGAAAGAAUUUUAAAAAGUGAACUUUCUAUUUCCGCUAAAGAAAAUGAUGCAGUUAAUAGUAACUCAGACACGCCCAAAUUGUCCGGAUGCGAUGAUGAUAAUGAUGAGAUGGAGCUGAUUAAUAGGAUUAAUUCAUCUGUCGAUGAAGAAUUCCUUAUCAAUACUCUGACUAGAUGUUCAAAAUUGGAGCUAAGAAAGUUGAUAAGGCAGAGACUGGCUUUUAUAAGAAACAACAACAUCAUCAACAGCAGCAGCAACAACAACAACAGUAAAAAUGACGUCACAAACAUCAACCAUGACGUCAACAACAACAACAGCAGCAAAAACAACAUCAAAGAUAACAAUAUUACCGAAAUUUCCAAAUCUAUGAAUGGUUGCAGCAACAACAACAAAAUUAUCAACAACAUCCCUAACAACAACAAUAAUAAUUAUAACAAUAAUAAUAAUAAUAAUGACAUUGUUUCGCGUAGAGAUGCAAUCAAGAGAAGAAUUGAACUUGCCUUAAGCAGAAAUAGACCUCUUGAAACAGAUCGAAACAGCAUUACAUUUCGAAACCAAGUGGAGACAUCGCUCGUUGAACGUAGUAGCAGGGGAAGUAGAGAUAAUUUGGAGAACAUUAAUACCUCCAUAAAUCCAGAUCACCUUGCAACCAAGUUCGCCAACAUUCUUAGAGAAAACGCUCGAGAGGCUGUCAGUGGCGUCGUCACUGUCGUCACCACCAUCAACCACAACAAUAACAACAACAACAAUAAUAAUAAUAAUAAUAAUAAUAACAAAAAUAAUAAUAUUAAUAGUAGUAGUAGUAACCGGAAUAUUAUCGAUACUGCAGACAAAACCUCCUCUGCAUUUAUGAACCUAAAAAAUGACGCUGCCACGACAGCUACUACCUCUACUACUACUACUACUACUACUACCUCUACUACUACUACUACUACUACUACCUCUACUACUACUACUACUACUACUACCUCUACUACUACUACUACUACUACUACUUUUAACAACAACAACAUUAAUAAUAAAAAUAAUAAUAAUGUCGAUAGAGUUAACUCGUCCAAAAGCGUAUCCUGGGCCGGUUACAAUAGAAAUAAUUCACUGACAGAAGAAACGACGAAAUCUUCUGAGUGA